UAUAAUAGCUUGUAAAAUGAGUGAAAACAUUCCUAACUGCUGCAGAAUAUGCUUGGACGUGGAAUCAGAGCGUGUCCCAAUAUUAGGUGACAGUAACAUUCAUUUACACAUGAAAUCAUGCCUUGCAAUGUCUGUGUCGGAAACUGAUGUACUGCCAAAAGAAAUGUGCGUGACGUGCGUGUCUCGACUGAGUGAUUUCUACAACUUCCAACUCCACGCUCGCUGCUCACUAGACUGGCUAGAAUCUUCUCUACAGGAGAAGUCGAAAAAAUCAACCGAAACAAAAACUCCUAUUCAACCUUUACCGGACUCUGAAUACAACUCAGACUCGCUUCUAGAAUUCCUAAACAACACUGCAAAUAUCGAGGAAUACCUUAACAACUUAGGUAAAGAAGACAUACCGUCCAUAGUCAAUAUGUUAGACAGAAAUCAAGAAAACUCAAUGGAUACAGUUAUUAAAGUCACCAAUGGUAUAAAGUCGAAUAAACAACCUAGUCCACAGAAGAAAGAGCCUAUACCUAAGUCAAAAACCUCGAAAAUGAAGAUGAAAAUUGAUGUACUAGAUUCAGAGGUAGAUAUUGUUAAGGAAAUUCUUAUGAAAGAGACUGAACCUAAGAAAAAUAACCCCAAAACAGAAAAAACUUCAAGUAUAUGUUUUGCCUGUAAGGCAAAGUUUGAUAACAUACAGAAACUUUCACAACAUUUCAGUACGUGCGACAUAGCUCUAAGAAUGUGCAUUCAUUGCAAUAUACUUUUUGAUUCUAAACAAAAAAUGCAACAGCAUUCAAUAACCCAUAACUUACCUCUAACCUGUAACUGCGGCAAACAGUUUACAUCAAAGGAAACAUUAACACAACAUCAUAGAGUAUGUCAUGUUGACUAUGGCACUACUUUAGGAUGUAUCUACAGAUGUAAGCAGUGUAACGAAACCUUCAAAGAACGAUUUCAAUUGUACAAACAUGCAAAGGAACAUGUAUUGAAGAUGGAAGAGAGAGUCUGUGAUGUUUGUGGACAUAAAUUUGUUGGGAACGAGGUUUUGGCAAAGCAUAGGAAGGAGGAUCAUAAAUUGGCAGAAGAUUUACUCUAUAGGUGCAAAAUUUGCGGUUAUACAUCUCCAGAUCACAAGGAAAUUUAUCUCCAUGUCCAAAAGCACACAGCUAAACCAGAACCAGAACGUCAUCUUUGCGAAACAUGUGGGCGAAGCUUCAUAACGCGUACUUCACUAAUGCGACAUGUUUUACAACAUGGCAAUAGUCACAAGUGUAAAAUAUGCCAAAAAAGUUUUGCAGAUGUCAAGAAAAGAGAUGAACACAUUUUGGAACAUAUUGAAACAGCAAUGUGUGAACGGUGCGGUCAGAAUGUGAACAGCUAUAAAUUGGAAGUGCAUAGAUGUGUGUAAACUUUCUAAUAUGUCCUUGAAAACUAAUUAAACC